AAUAAAUUAACUAGUAAAGCAUACUCUGACAAGAACAAACAUCAAAAUCCCACUAUACAUUCCUUAAAAAACACUUUUUUUCUCCCCUCAAUUCUUUCUUUUGUCCAUUAAGGUAUUGGAAUCCAGCAAAAUCUCAUGAUUCUUUGAUUCUUUAUAUGUUUAUGGUGCUCAUAAGUCAUAGUUUCCAGUAGUAUAUGGCCAAGUCCAACUGUUUCAGCUUCACUGCAUCAAGAAGCUGGUUCCUCAAAUACUCUUUUUCAAACUCAGGUUUAAAAUCUUCCACCACAGAUUUAGGCAAUAAUACUAUAAUCCACUGCUGGAUACCCAAAACCCAUAAAGAAAAAACGCCCUCUUUGGUCCUCAUACAUGGAAUUGGAGCAAAUGCUAUGUGGCAAUGGAGUGAGUUCAUCAAACCCUUAUCAUCAAGAUUCAAUCUUUAUGUCCCUGACUUGUUGUUUUUUGGUGAAUCUUACACUUCUAGGCCAGAAAGAACUGAAUCUUUUCAGGCUGAGUGUGUUAUGAGGACUAUGGAGGGUUAUGGGGUUAAGAAAAUGGAUGUUGUAGGGUUGAGUUAUGGUGGUUUUGUGGGGUAUAGUAUGGCUGUUCAGUUUCCUGAGGUAGUGGAGAAACUGGUUCUUGUGUGUUGUGGUGUUUGUUUUGAGGAAAAAGAUAUGGAGAAUGGGAUGUUUCAAGUGAAGAGUGUUGAUGAGGCUGUUGCAGUUUUGUUGCCACAGAGUCCUGAGAAGUUGAAAGAGUUGGUGAAAUUGUCUUUUUAUAAGCCUAUCAAGAAUCUUCCUUCUUGUUUCCUCAAUGAUUUUAUUGAUGUGAUGUGCACAGUCAAUCAUCAAGAAAGAAAGGAGUUGAUCGAAACAUUACACUAUAACAGAAAGCUCUCUGAUCUUCCUAAGAUUACUCAGCCUACGUUGAUAAUAUGGGGAGAAUAUGAUCAGAUAUUCCCACUAGAAUUGGCUCACAGAUUAAAAAGGCAUUUAAGUGAGAACACGGAACUUGUUAUAAUAAAGGAUGCAGGACAUGCAAUUAACAUGGAAAAACCGAAGGAGCUUUUCAAACACUUGAAGUCAUUCCUUCUUGAUUCGCGCCCUCAUACUAAACACGACAGUAAUGGCAACAGCCACAAGCUGGAUUAAAACGCGUGAAGACGACAUUACAUUGGAGGACUUUCCUGGUAAUUUGGCUGAAUCUCUUGGUUAUCUACCUUCAUUGCAUUUAUUUGUCACUUGGUUCUUGCAAUCUCUCGGUGCCUAUUCAUGAGUACCUGCACAGAGUAUUUGUUCUUUGAAGGUAGUUCCCUGAACUGAACAAUACGAUCCUGGAUAUUCUCCUUUCCAUCACUAACUUAUUUAGGCUCAGAGUUUCAAGUUGCAAGGUCCUCUUCCUGAGUCGAUUCAAAACCUUAUGAACCUAACGCGACUUGAUCUUAAGUUACAUUUACGAAACCCCAAUCAUGGGUAGAGGACUCUGCAGUCGGUUAAAACUCAGUCUAAAUAACUUAGUGAUGGAAGGGAGAAUAUCCAGGAUGGUAUUGUUCCGUUCAGGGAGUAACCUUUAAUGAACGAAUACUCUGUGUGGGUGAGAUUCGAAAGAGAUUCAAGAAUAGAUCAUGAGAGAUUGGAAGAAUCAAGCGAGAAAUAAUGCAAUGAAGUUAGAUAGCCAAGAGAUCCAGGCAAAUGACCAGAAAAAAUCAUUCUAGUGAACAUACUUAUUUCCUUCUAGACCUAUUUAGUAGGCAUUUGGCUAUAGAA